UGCACGGCGCGUACCUCAGCGGCGGUCCGUCAUUGGCUACUGCUAUCUUCCGCCGCUUCCAGAUGGGAACGCCUAUUCCGCGAUCCGCCGCGUCGCCGCGGAAAAACGCUUGCCGCUGCUGUCGCCUCGCGCCGCGCAGUAGCAGGAAUCAGCAUCGAAGAGGAAAACCGCACCGCGCAUGCGCAGAGUGCCGCUGACGAAGACUCGGGCGGGGCGGCCGUUGUGUGAGUUCGCAGUUUGUGUCACGCGGCAAGAUCCGAUAUCUCCAAACAAUGCCUACGCUACAGGACAUAGUAACUGCAAUGGCAUCUGGUCAUGAAGGGUCUGCUGCUCUGGAAUACAAUAAAGGAUCACACUCUACAGGAGAGGGGGACCGGUACGAGGAGCGCAUGCUGGCCCUGGUCUUCCUCCGCUGCGUGCGGUAUGGGCUGCACUUCCAGUUGUCUGCCAACAAUAGCGAUGCUGGGAAGUUCGAUGACGUGGUGUUGGUAUGGCGACCGGAGGGACAAAAUGAGGUGAACACCCUGCUCGUCCAGCUCAAGCACAAGACCUCCCCGACGGCCAUGACCGUACACAGUGGCGCGUGGCUGUCAGAGGCCACGAAAUGCGACUUCGGGCUCAGCAUGUACUGCACCUCCUACAGAGAAAUUAGCCAGACACUGGAUACGAACAGAGCCACAUUCGCCCUGUUGACGAACGCCUGUCUGGGCGACAGUAGCCUCGACAUACUUGAGCGCCAGUAUGUGGGCACCUUCCCAGGUCUGGAGCUGCUAGAGGCUGGUGGCCACCUGUACAACCUCAAACCGAACAACGAACAGGUUUGGAAGGCAGUCCAUGAGGAUAUCAGCUUUGUGGAGAAUUUCUACCUGCUGUGCCAGCAGAGCAGUUCUAAUAACAUUGUAGGCGACAUUUGCAGGGAGCUGGAAGAAUUGCUGGGCGCCGGUGACCUAUGUGAAACCUUGUGUGACAGCUUGUGCAAGAGCAUCAGGGACUGGAUGAACAACCAAAGUGCGUGUUUGACGAGUGCUUGGAGCACAUGGCAGGCACUCGUGGACGAAUACGUCAGGAAGGAGGUGACCGAGUGCAGAGCACUGACCACCAGACUCGAGUACUGCAAUGUGGAAAACGUACGGAGCUACAUGGAGUCGUGUAACCCAGCGUGGUUGAGACCUCCAGAAAGGCAAAUGGCGGCUCUCUCUGCUACGAAGAUUCACCAGGCACUGGCUAAUGAAACGCACAUCAUGGUGGCUGUGGACCGAUUCAGAGUGCUGCGACACCGGAUUCUCCGCUGUUGGGGACCGUACUGCCGAUGGCUGGUGAUUGUAGAUGAUGAGACUGAAGAUAGCUCUGCGAUUCUGGAUGAGCUUACAAACGAGAUGCAAAGUGAACGCCGAAGUCAUCGCCGCUUCGUCGUUGUGUCGUGGAGGGGCAGGCACUGCUUCAGCGACACUUGCCGCACAGCCGACAUCAGCGGCGACAGCUGGAACGACUUCCUGAACAUUAGUGUCGCGUUAAACGGGGACCGCUACGGAUGCCGCCUGCAGGACCUGGUGGCGGACGUCGACGCCCUCCAGUCACUGCUGGAUGGCGAGCCGGCACUCUUGCUGGCUCUAGCACAGCUGUCACAGCCUCUGAGGAUGGGCCGGGAGCUGGAAACUCUGCCCGCGCACUACGUGCCCAGGAAGCUCGUGGACCAGCGAGUGUUGACGGGCGAGUUUUUCUCCACUCUGGUUAAGAUUCGAGAGCGAGAGAAAGAGCACGUCAAAGGUACUGGCAGCAACACAAUAAUUGUGGAGGGGAAACCCGGAGUGGGCAAGUCAAAGAUGCUGUCACAUGUGGCGGAAAAAAUAAAAGAGAAGGUCCCUUCCUGCUGGCUAUUGAGAGUUAAUCUAUUUAAGUUUUACGCAGUUUUAGAUCACAGUAAGAAUGGUGUGAGUGCUGCAGAAGACAUCUUGAGGUGGACAGUGUUUAACGAAGGCGUUCUAGGUGAACUGGAGUACACACUGCUCAGACACUGCCUGCUGCAGUCCACGCAAGUCGUUUGUCUCGUGGACGGCUUCGACGAGGUGUGCCCCGACUAUGUCUACAAGUGUCUCGAGGUGCUCCCUCUGCUGUCUCCACGCAAGGGAAAGCUCCUGGUGACGACGAGGCCAGAACCGGUGAAGCUCUUAGAGGCUCAAAUGGGAGUGUCGGCACACACGCUGGAGCCUUUCAGUGAAUCGGAGCUAGAAUAUUUCUUCACGAGCCAUUCCUCGAAUGGAAACAUCCCAGCUGUCAGUGGUCUCAACAAGAACUUGAGGAAUCUUCUGAGGAUCCCUCUGUUUGCUGAAAUGUUCGUAAAUCUGUCGCAGGAAAUUGAUGAGACGUAUGACAUUGUGACUCUGUACGAAGCUUUCUUCCGAAAUAAAUUCAGAAGGCUGUACGAGGAAAAAUUAGGUGACAACCUUUCCGCUCCCGGGAAGAGGAGAGAGGUCGAGAAGGCACAGGAGAAGCACGAAGAACAGCUGAUGCUCCUCGCGGCGUCAGUUCUGUUGCACAGCGCAGACGUACCAGCAAUGUCACCGUCCGAUAGGGGAGACUUCGUGAAAGCUGGAAUCGUGUACGAGUUCUCCUACAGGAAACCAGAGUUCCUGCACAGGACGUUCGCCGAACACUUCCUCGCCAAGUGGUGCUUCCUCGGAUACGGAGAUCGGAGCCGUGCGGUGGCGUACCGUAAGGCCUACCUCACCGGGAGACUGGAUUUCUUUCGAGAGUCCUUCGACCGCAGGGCAGUGAGGGGCCGGCCACUGCUGGAGGCGGUGCUGGAGGCCCUGUCGGGUGGCGACGAGGGCGAGAUGAGGGCACUGCUGGCCGGGGGUGCCGACUGGAGGCAGACAGACGCGUGUGGGCGCAACGCGCUGCACCUGGCGAUGGGCCGCGGGCCGCUCCAUCUGCUGCAGCGACUGUGGAGACGCGCGGGGGAGGGCACACUGUCUGCAGAGGACGGCCUGCUCGGGUGGACGCCGGUGAGGUACGCCUGGGAGCGCAAAUGCUGGUCUGCUGUGGAAGUGCUGCUGAUGGCGGGAAGUGAAUUCAGCCACCUGGGGGUCGUGAAGGCAGGGCAGCACGACCCCGUACAACUGCAGGCCGCGUUCCAGCAGGGCGGAUGCCGGGCCCUGUACCAGCACAUCCUGGAGGUGAAACGUCGCGUACAGAAUGACACCUACAUCUGUAUGGUGCGAGAAGAAUUAGAGUUUGCUGUAAACCUGAUGUAUGAAGAUAUCCCAAGACAGUGUCUCAAUCUCAUCGCCGAAAAGGCCUGGGAGCAAGGACACGUAUGGGUGCCCAUUUUCAUUGACCCUCACAACUUCAGAACAGUAGGAGUUUUGAGGUACCUUCGCGAGAAGAGAGGAAAUGGCAGCUACAGCAGCAGCAGCCUCUGUCGUGCCACUGACGUUGCAGAUGGGUGCACCACACCCCUGCCAGAGGAUCAGGUGGGGUCUCCAGCAGGCUCCAGUGGCUGUGCGCAAGCAGCGAAGUGGCAUGAGCACUGGCUGGAUAGCGACGAGGGCACCAGGUCUGCUGCUAUGGAGUACAAGAAGGGAGCACUCACUACAGAAUUUGGAGCAUUGUACGAGAAGCGUGUGCUGGCCCUGGUCCUCCUCCGCUGCCUGAGGCGUGGGCUUCUCUUCCAGUUGUCUCCCAACAAUCGCGAUGCAGGCAGGUUCGACGAUGUGGUGCUGGUGUGGCGACGCGAGGAACAUUCUGAGGCGCACGCCCUGCUCGUCCAGGUCAAACACAAAUCCUCUGGGAGGAAGACCAUCCCCAGCCGCAUGUGGCUGACCCUGUCUCCCAGGCCUGACUUCAGUCUCAGCAAGUACUGCACUUCCUUCAGAGAAAUUAGCAAGUCACUGGUGAAGGGCAGAGUCACAUGCGUCUUGCUGACGAACGCCUGCCUCGAUGACAGUAGCCACAGCAUGUUUCAGCGCCAGGAUGUGGGCAGUGUCCCAGGUCUGGAGCUGCUAGAGGCUGGUGGUGACCUGUACAGGCUCAACCCUAAAAACGAACAGGUGUGGAAGGCAGUCCAUGAGGACAUAAGCUUUGUGGAGAAUUUCUACCUAUUGUGUAAUCAGAGGGAUUAUGUGAACAUAUUGGGCGACAUUUACAGAGAGUUGGAACAUUUGUUGGGCGCAGGUAACCUGUGAGGAUCCAUCUGGUAAGAUAUGUGUGAUGACCUCACGUCUUGGAUGAACAAAUAGUGUGUGUGUUUGACGAGUGGCUGGAGCAAUGGUUGGACACUUGUAGUUGAAUACACCAGGAAAGAGACUGAGUGAAGAAUGGUGACCACCAGACGUGAGUAUUGCAGUGUGGCUGUUCUUUCGGGUUAAAUAGAGUUCUGUAACUCAGCAAAGAUGAAGCCUCCUGAAAUGGGAACGGUGGUUCUCUCUGCUACUAAGACUCGCCAAAGACUGGCUCACAAAACGCACACCUUGGUAGCUAUGGACAGGUUCUUCGCUGCUGGGUAUGAAAGAGUUAAUUUUUUGAAUUGUACAAAUUUCUUUUAUACGAUCUCAGAAAAUAUUUUGCAUCAUUAAAUUAAAAAAAAAAGAAAGAAAGAAAAAAGAGGUUGAAAUGGCUCUCAGCACUCUGGGACUUAACUUCUGGGGUCAUCAGUCCCCUAGAACGUAGAACUACUUAAACCCAACUAACCUAAGGACAUCACCCACAUCCAUGCCCGAGGCAGGAUUCGAACCUGCGACCGUAGCGGUCGCGCGGUUCCAGACUGAAGCGGCUAGAACCGCUCGGCCACUCUGGCCGGCCAUUACAUUCAAUUAGCCACCGUUGGCCACCAUCAAAACAAUUGAAAUCAGCCUCAGAUGAUAACCCAGAAAUGCUUUGUUAUAGCAAAUGCAUUUAUUUAUUGCUGAGCCAAAACAUAAUUACCAUGUGCUUAAUAGCGUGUUCCUCCACUAUUGGAACGCAAUUGCAUGGGGGCUUAAUUAAAUAUAAUGCAAAUAAUUUUAAUUUUAGUAGCUGUCUGUCAGGCUACGCAGUCUCGUAACCGGUUGGCCCUGACUAGUAUUACUCCGCAAUCUGACUGCAUGGAAUAACAACAAAGAAUGAAAGGAAAUUUCCAGCAACUAUAAAAGCUACGAAACAAAAAACUCCGAAACAACAAAGCACAAGUGUAACUGUUCUGUGUGUGGAAGUGUGAUUCAACGUAGACAUCUGGCACGGUUCUUCCUCACUUCGACAAAACGCCAUUCACAAUGAAGUAAUAAAAAAACCAGAAAUACUAUGAUUGCACAUAGAAACCAGAAUUACACUCUAAUACAUGAACACAAGCCAGAUGCAUUGUUGACUGAACCUGUGACCAAGAGACAUUGUUAGUUAGGAAAUUUGAAAUACAAAUUUUUUUUUAUUACCUCAUAUAUAUUGACGAAAAAUACACUGUGGUUAUUACAACAUCCCCAAUCGAACAGCAUCGGGUGUCUAGCCCAUUAGAACAACUGCACACGACAUGCUCACAACUAGUACUGCUAUUGACAUCCUCUCAACAACCUCUAACCACGGCAACUUCUCAACUAGGACUGCCAGUGGAGGCGGCGGAAUAAAACUCUUUGGCGCAAUCUCUGGCGCUGUGACUCAGUGUAGCCACCUUUCACAAUACAGCUGCGAAUGUGCUUGACAUGCGUUCGAUAAUUGUUUAGUAGUUUUCCAGACAAUGUGGCUGAAGGAAAGUUUCAGAGAGAACAUCGGGCAACACUGGACUGUAACAGGUGAAAGGAAUACGGUUGAAGUUGGGUGCAUAGCUUUCAGAGAUGAAAUAGUAAAGGCAGCACACGAUCACAUAGGUAAAAAAGCAAGACCGAGUAGAAAUCCCUGAAUAACUAAGUUUAAAUGAUGAAAGGAGAAAAUAUAAAAAUACAGCAAGGGAAUACAAACGUGUAAAAUAUGAAUUGACAGAAAGUGCAGAACAGGUAAGCAGGAAUGGUAUGCAGAACUAGGGGACAGAUGAGACCUUCGAAGAAAAUAGAAGCGACUGUGUGAAUAUCAAGAGUUUUGCAAGUACUAAGCAAAGGACACAAUGAAAGGCGGACGGCACAUAUAGAAUGUCUAUACAAGGGAAACUAACUUGAGGUCAAUGUUGUAGAGAGAGCAAAAGGAGGAGAUGAAGAUAAUAAGGGAGAUAUGAUACUGUGAGAAGUAUUUCACAGAGCACUGAAAGGUAACAAGGUCCCUGCAAUAGAUCAUAUUCCCUGAGAAUUACUGAGACCCUUGUGAGAGUUAAAAAAAUUGUUCAAAUGGCUCUGAGGACUAUGCGACUCAACAUCUGAGGUCAUCAGUCCCCUAGAACUUAGAACUAAUUAAACCUAACUAACCUAAGGACAUCACACACAUCCAUGCCCGAGGCAAGAUUCGAACAUGCGACCGUAACUGUCGCGUGGUUCCAGACUGAAGCGCCUAAAACCGCUCGGCCACUGCAGCCGGCGUGAGAGUUAGCUGUGACAAAAUUAUUGCAUCUGGUGUGCAAGAUAUACGAUACUGGGGAAAUACACUCACUCACACUUAAGAAAAAUGUAAUAAUUCCAAUUCCAAAUAAGGCAGUCGCUCUUAAGUUAUGAAUUAGUUUAAUAGGUCAUCAAUGCAAAAUACUGACACUAGUUAUUUACACAAGAGUGGAAGAACUGGUAUAAGGCAACAAUGUGGGAAAUCAGUUUGGGUUUCGGAGAAAUACAGGAACACAGAUGCCUGAUCGUACCACUUAUCCAAGAAGAUAGAUUGAAGAAAGAAAAACCUAUGUUUAUAGCAUUUCUAGAUUUAGAGAAAGCUUUUGUCAACGUUAAGUGACCUAUUGAAAUUUUGAAGAGAGUAGGAAUAAAAUACAGGGAGUGAAAUGGUAUCUACAACUUGCACAGAAAGCCGUCCGCAUCUGUAAGAUGUGAGGGGCAUGAAAGGCAAACAGUGAUUCAGAAGGGAGUGAGACAGGAUCGUAGGUAUCUCCAAUAUUAUUCAGUCUGCACAUCGAGCAAGCAGUAAAGCAAACCAAGGAGAUAUGCAGGAAGGGAAUUAGAGUUCAGGGAGAAGGAAUGAAAUCUCUGCCGUUUGACGAUGACACCGGAAUUCUGCCAGAGACAGAAGUGGGCUUGGAGGAGCAUUUCAACGGAAUACACAGUGUCUUGAAAGGAUAUAAGAUUAACAUCAAUAAAAGCAAAACAAGGGUAAAGGAAUGUGGUCGAAUGGUGAGGGAAUGAGAUUUCGAAAUGAGACGCUAGAAAUAGUAGAAGAAUUUUUGCGCUAUGGGUCGUAACAUAACUGAUGGUGGCCGAAAUAGAGAGGAUACAAAAUGUUGACUGGCAAUAGCAAGAGAAGUAUUUAUAAAAAAAAGAGGAGUUUAUUAACAUCUAAUAUCAGUUUAAGCCUUUCACACCUCUAUUUCUUCUGGACGAAGAAAAAUUUUCUUUAUGCUGUAACGCUCUUAGGUGAUCUUUCAGUCAUUUUAGAUGCAAGAUUUAUACAAAAUUAUGUACCCACUUCCAAAAAGUACUUUGUCAUUUCUUCUUUUUAUGUACUAAAAUAACUAAUUUUGAAAUAUUCACUGCUUUGAUAAAUAAACUGAUCAUUCAAGAAUUGCCAUGCAAAAUAACAAUAAUAAUAUUCAUUUACACUGUAGAACACAAGUAACAAAACACGUCUGUGUAUUCUGGCGGCCACAAGCUGCUGUGCAUUACUACGGUGCGUUGUUGAGAUUUUUAUAGUGAAGACCAAUAGUUGGCAGUGCUUGUACAUGAUGAAAAGACUGAACAUUCACAAAAGUGUUCAUGAGGUUUCCACGUAGGAAAGAAAUUAUUCUGUUGCAACGAAGAGACAGUAAAAUUUAAUCUACACAAUUGCAUCAGUGAGUCUGAAAGGGAUAAGUGUUAGAAAGUCUUUUUUUAGGGUAUUUGUCUGGACUGUAGCCUUGUGCAGAAGUGAAACUUGUUAGAUAAGCAGUUCAGAGGAGAACGGAGUGAGAGCUUUUGAAAAGUGGUGCUACAGGAGAAAGAUCACAACGACAACAACGUGGCACCAAAUAUCUAGUCACGAAUUGCCAUAAAUUAAGAGCCAGUGCUCUGUGGGUGUGGAGCUUGCGUCCAAUAGCACCCCAUAUGUGUUCCACCGACUUCAGAGUGAACGAAUUUGUUGGCCAAAAUGUCAACAUUCAUUAUCUCAUGUCACAAGGCAAAAAUCGCGCUGCAGUGGUUAGAGAAUGUUGUGAAUGUUGUGAAUGUUGUGAAUGUUGACGUUUUGGAGGGAAGAUUCCAUCGCUUUCAUCGAUGGAAUGAAUCCCCGUUCGUCACUAUUCUUCUCAUAUACUUUCCUUACUGUGUUUCAUUUGUAAAACGCCACCAGUCAGCAAUCAGAAUCGUAUUGGCUUGUCAGUGCAAGUGUAGAAAACUACAUUGUCUGUUGCUCGUUGGUCCUUUUAGUAUUGCGAAAUUACGGUUCCGUAAACUAACCUUGGCCACACCCAUCAGCUGUCAUUCUCCAAUGGUAGCUUUGAAUUCCUUGACGAA